GAGAAGUAUAAUGAGGUCUAUACCACUAGUAAUUGGUAACAAUAGGAAGCCACUAAGGAGGUGGAGACAUCAGGAAGCAAAUCAAGUUUUACAUCAGGCUUCACAAUAUUCCUUAGAAGCAGAUGAUGAAGCUUUGGAUACCAGGUGA